AAUAAUUAAUUGUUUCAGAGAAGCUGAAGAGAAAUGCUAUACACUUUACCUCAAUUGGAAAACCUUAUGUACCUAGUGCCUGCAUACAUACAUUAACUGCAACUUUUUACAUAGAUUUAGUAUAACAUAUAAGUGUAACUAUGAAAAUACCAGAAACUGGCAAUGUGGGAGCGUACUAUGGCAAUGAAGACGGACGACAGUGGCAGGCAAACGGCAUGAUAAUCGACAACGGUGUCGGCGGUGGCGUGGUUGGUAGUGGCGACGCGGGCGCUCACAGGCCGCCCGUCUACCAAAUGCCGCAUCACAUGCCGCGAGGUCCUGUGCCAGUUGUGGUUGUUGCAGGGUACGUGAUGGGGGGAGCUUACUACCAGGCCUACCCCCAGGCCGGGCCACCGCCUGUGCCUGACGACUUCGCCGACUACAUGUGGAUGGAGAACGAAGAGGAGUUCGACAAGCAGGUGAUGCAGCAGCUGGAAGAGGAGGCUCUGAUGGAGCAGUGUAUUGAGGCCAUGCUGGAGGACGAGCAGCGCGAGAGACACGAGCGUCCGGUCGCCAACGGACAUAAGCACGCCACAACAAGCAACGGCAAUAAUUCGCAGGCGAUACAGGACGCUGCCUCCCGGUCCACACUCAACCCCCUGGCCGCUGAGUUUGUGCCCAACAGAGCGAGGUUACCACCAGAAGAGAAAGCAGAUCCGCCAGAGGCGACAAGUAGAGAAGAGAGCAAGCCAGCCCAGAAGGAGCUCGCAGCAGAUGUUGAGGCUGUCAGCGAAGAUGGGAGGAAAGCUGACAGAAAAGCAGAGGAACCAGAAUCACUGCAGUCACAACCGGAGCCACCAGAAGUAAGCGCAGCCCACAUACAGCCAAUAGAGCAUGACAAAAAGAAAGACAAACCCAAAACGAAGGUGGAGGUGAAGAAACCGUUGAAAUCAGAGCUGAAGCCUAAAGCAAAAUCAGAGGCAAAAGUGAGGAAGGAUUCUAAAGUGAAAAGUGAAAUUGAGAGUGAAGUGAUUGAGGUUACCCGUGAAGUUGUGAGCAACAAUAACGUGCCGGCCACUGACGUUGUUAAACAACCAACUCCACCGCUGACAGAGGAAGCACCUUCAACAGGCCCCAAGCCCAUCAACUAUGCGGCCGCGGCAAAAGCCAUGAAGCCUAAAAAGCCCGCAACACCACCCGUCACCACAACUGACAAAUCCGCCCCGCCUCCACUAAGAGCAGACAAGUCGAAAGAGAGAAUUGACAAGAACAAACCAGUGACCGCCAGCAAAGUGAAAACUGAGAAACCCAUACAGAGGAAGAACUCUGCCAAGUAAAUAUUUGGUUUUAUAAAUUGUAAAUGUACAAAAAUAGAUUUAAGUGUGUAUCUAAAUAACCAUUGGGAAAUAUAUAAAAAAGCACUUGAUGAUAAAACUUUGUAAUUUGAAUGUAUCACAGUUACACUCACAAAUAUAACGGAAAGUUAAUUAUAAUCUAGUAUAGUUCUUUGUAUAUGUUUAAUAACAUACAAUGUUUGUGAGUGUGUCUGUUUGUAAUGUAAGAUUCAUAAUUUUUUUUGAGAUUAAUAAAAUGCAUAAAAUCAAAGAAACAUGUUAUAGAAAUUUGUUUUAGAAAACAUAUUUAGUGUUGCUCCAAAUUGAUUGAAGAAGUGGUGAAGAACCUCAUUUGAUUUAAGUCAAAUUUUAGAUUAAAACAUGGAAGUUAUAUAUUUUUAAAAUGUCACAUAUUAGAUUUUUUACAUAUACCUUCAUGACUACAAAUAAUAUAAUUUAGCAAUCAUGAAAUAUGCCCAAACAAGAUCUAAUAAAACUCCUGUAUAAUGUAAAAAUUAACAAUUUAAGUACUAGUUUAUUGUAUAAUGAUAUCAUGAUUUGUUUGUGAAUAUACUUAAACAUAUGUAAGUAUGAAUAGUAUAUUAGGUCAGCCCUGAGAUACUAUUGUUAGAAACACAUUAGAAUGUAAUUCACAUGAUUAAUAAUGAAGAAUAUACAACCAUUAAAAAAACAUUUAUUUGACACGAAAAUGCAAUAAAAGUUGUUUAAUGAUAUUAUUGUUAUUCAAUAAAUAUUAAACAGAUCAUUAGCCUUUUUAAGACACACAGGAAAAAUCAGAUCCAUAGAUGUGAUAAUUCAACCUGCAAACAUAUUUUAAUAGCUUAAAUAGUUUUGGCUUAAAUAAUUUUAGUAAUAAAAUUGAAGAUGAAACGUUCGUUUUCAAAAGGAAAUCAACCAAAAAUUUCCUCAAAGAAAAGUGUUUGGGAGAAAAUAAAAAAGAGCCACAAAAAUAGUUUUCUUGUAAUAUUUGUGAUUAUUUAAUUAUUUUAAUGGCAAAACUCGGCCCGAGUAAACUUUCUCACAUAAUGUUUGUGGUAAAAUAACUAAUUAAAUUGGAGUCACAAUUUGCACACGCGUUAUUCUAUAUCAUUUAUAUGUUUCUCGCCACUUCUUCUCAUUCAUCAUCAAAAAAAGAAAAUUUGCGUUCAAUAUUUUGAAAGCAAUUUUCUUAUAUUUAUAGUUUGGGUUCAAUUAAUUAUUUUCGUCUCACUCAUACAUUUAACAUCAUAAUCAAAUUUAUUUUAAAUUAAUUACAUGUUUGUUGUAUUAUACAAUGGAAGUUUAUAAUUAUAUUUUAAAACCAACCAUAGAUUCACCUAAUGAUUUAAUAAUAAUUAUUAUUUUCACUGCUCACAUUUUAUUCACUAGUUUUCAUGCUAGUAAAAAUAUAUAAUAUAAUAUGUAAAAAAAAACUCACAUUAUUAAUAUAAUUACUAUAUUUAUAAAAUUGGACAAAAAAUUACAAUGAAACAAUCAAACUGCAACUGUUUGAUUCCAAUCUUCAUCAUUUUAUUUCUGUUCAGAAAUAUUGUUGUUAUGUUGACAAAAAUAUGAUUUUUACCAAUUUAAUAACAAAGUAUCAGAUUAAGUAAACCUGUAUUUUCAUUUCAAUAAUUUUUACGUUAUUAUUAUUAUUAUUAUUUCAAUGUAUAAUAAAUAAAAUGUUAUGUUUUUAAAUUUAUUAUGUGGUUGAUAAGAAUUAUGAGUAGGUCAAUUAGGGUCACACGAAAUGUUUGGCUCUUUUUGCCCCAUAUUUUAUGGUUAUUUGGAGGAGCGACUUUUAUUCGCCUGAAAGAAACGUUUAUUGAAUGCGUAAUAUAGAACUGAUCUUGUAUGAAAGUAAAUAGUGUCACGUGAAGUAGUACCAAAUAAUAUUAUACUUGUAGUGUGGGGCAAUUUAGAGUCCGAUCUAGCUCUGGGCUGUUUGUGUCAAGGUGAAUCAUAUCACAUUUUUUUAAGCUGUCACAGUUAUUUAAUACACAGUGCCUUGAAUAUUAUCAGCAAAUAUAUGUCAGUUAUGGAAUUGGACAUUCCACUUCAUCAUGUGUGAAAUUAUUAUAUUUAUACUGUAUUUUUUCUGGCAUGAUUUAUCUGUGAUGCUUUUAACUGCCCAAUACAAAUGGCCAAUAGCUCUCUUUAUUGAUGACACUUGUGUUAAUCACUAACAUCAUAUUGGCCCCUAGAAUAACAAAGGAUUACUUUCCUGUCUGGUUUUCUGUAAUGAAUCAAGAAUCAGUACUAAUGUAGGAAGCGGUUUAUUAGAUUGAUAAAAUUUUACUGUAGUUAUGUACUAAACUAAAACAGCCUAUAGAAAAGGGUGAUUGAGAACUAAUCAGAAUUAUGUCAAAAUAAAUCAAACCAUUCUUUUUUCACAACAUAAACAUUUUCACUAUCUAAAAGUACUUUAAAAUAAUUAAUUAGUCCUAUGAGAGUCUUAAAGACAAGUCCUUUAUAAAAUUACAUGAACAUGCAUGACAUAUAGCAUCAUACUUAUAUCAUAUUUUUGGUAAUAUAUACAUAUAAAAAAGAAUUGCUGUUUGUUAGUCUCGCUAAACCACAGAACGGCUGGACCAAUUUGGCUAAUUUUGAUCUUGAAUUAUUUGUGGAAGUCCAGAGGUUUAAAAGGUGAAUAAAUAGGAAAAUGCUGCUAAAUUAAAUAAAAACAACAAAUUUGUUUUUCCUUUGAUGUGUCCAUACAUCAUUUCUAUGAGAGAAUUUAUUGACGCACGGUUUGACAGUUCUGCUGUGAACCAAUUUCAUUAUGACAGCAGGGUGCAUAUUUUACGAAGUAAUUUUUGAUGUUAUGAUAUAUUUAGUAUCGACAAAUUCAAAUAAAUACAUUAUUUUAUUUAUUAUAUACAGAACAAUGUCUGUCGGGUCAGCUAGUAAUCUAAUAAAAAAAAUGUUUAUUAGUAUCGGUUCUUUCUUGAGUUUUAAUUAACUUCUCAUAUCACAAUAUUUUUCAUUACAAAUUUCCAGCAUGAACAUUAAAUUAUUCUUAUCCUGGGUCAAAGGGUUCUUGUUUGCCCCAUUACAAGAUUAUCUAUUUGGUAUUACUUUAUUUGAAUUAUUGUGCUAACUUUCUGAAUCUGAUUUAGAUUAAUACUAAGGUUCACAAAACAAUUUUGAUAUAUUAAUAUAUAUAUAUACAAGUAUGCUAUAUAAUUUAUAGCUUUUUAUAAUUAUAAUAUUUGGUAUACUCUAUAUAAAAUUGCCUAAGUAGUGUUAUAUUGGUUUUAAUUAUAGCAAAUAUUGUAAUGACCAUCUUUAAUGGAUUUAAUUGAGGUUCGAUUUAAUUAGUUUGCUAGAUGACUUCUCUUUUAGAUAAGAGCCAGGUAUAAGUAACUCGAUGGUGUGUUCCUGUUUUUUCUUAGUAUGAAUAUGUUAGGACAGUGUGGUCUCAUGGGCUGAUGAGUUGUUUAUAAUUAAAAAAAAAUCUAGAUAUUCCCCAAUUAAAUCCGUUAAAGGAGAUACAGUAGGUUCUAUGAAUAGAUAUGUUGAUAAACAAAAAAUAUAAUAAAAAUAAAAAAUAAUUUUAGUGAUUAAAAUUGAUUUUAAUCAUUCGUUGAUAGAGUAAGUUGUAUAAAAAGAAGGACGGGUGCGUUGCGCGUUUUAUUUCCUCUAUCUCUUGUUAUUCUAUAUUACUAGUGUAGUGGUGGUGAACCAGUGUCUGGAUGUGCUGUUGUUUUUUCCUUUGGGAUGACAAACAAUUCUCAGGAUACCUUUUUUAAUUGUAAAGUACACUACUAAAUUAAUUUCUAGUAAAUCCCACACCGUUAUUCUAUGGACACGUUAUAAUAUUAUAACGUGUCCACUAUAGAAAAAAUAAUACAAUCAAUUCAAUUGCAAUAUUUUUAUUUUGACUCGUUUAGCAAAAUAGUAAAUUUCUCGUACAACUCUAAAAAGAGCACGAAUCUAUCAUAAAUCACAUUUUUUGUUUAUAAUAAAUACCAAGCUUGUUGAUCUAGCAACCCAUAACAUAAACCGCAUAUUGAUACCGCGACUAUUGUAAACACAAGUGGGUAUCGCGUUUGAAGUGGCCGCGCCGGGUUUGGCGCCAAAAUAGCUGAGCAGAAUGCUUCUGCGGGCGCGCGGGAAUUGUUGGCAUAUCAGAGGUUUAAUGUAUGUAUAUGGAUGAAAAGGAAAGGGUUUAGUGUCCAGUGUUUAAUUAGUACAAGAUUUAUGUUAUAUGUGAAUAAUAUGUUACUAUUAGUAACCCAUAGAAUUAAAUAUAUUGGGCCUAGCACACGUAACGAAUUUUCCCGCAGUAUUGAGCAAAAGCUCAGAAAUGAUAAAUAGCAGGGUAAGAAAUAACGCGCUAGGCCUCAUGUCGAACUUAAUAGCAGAACGAUCUAGACACGCGCUCAUCAAAUGUGAAUAGUUUUACGAAGUGCAUACUUUGCUCUUCAAUUGGAAACCUUAAAUUUACCACAAAAAAUUAAAAAAAAAAUGUAAAAACUUCCUAAAUAUAUGUUAUUGUUAAGUUAUAGUUAAACGAGAAAUAUUAUUCGUAUUGUUAUUAUUUUUUAAGUUAACGGCUACGGUGUGGUAGUUUUUGGUAAAAACGCUUGUAACAGCAUGAAACACUUAAAUGUCCUACAGACUUGCAUCCCGUGCCAUUAAAAAAAAAUGCUUCAAGUAAACGUCAAUAUUCAAAUUAGUAAACAAUGGAAUAUUUUUUCUUAUUUGUUCUUUCCAACUUAAGUCGUUGGACUUUCUAACGCAAAUUACAGGUAAUUUAUUAAUUUUAAUAUCUGUAUUCAUAGCAAGAUAUGUAGUUUCUCUGGUGUUGGAAAAAUGGUGGGAAGCGGUGUUCACCUAUCAGGUCACCGGGUCCUGACUACUAUUCAUUGAAAAUAUGAAACUAUACUGAUCCGUGAUUUUAUUAAAUAUUGUUUUGCGAGCCCAUUGCAAGUUGUUCCUUUUUUACCAAAACGACCACACUGCAGUUGGUUAGGUAAGUUUGUCCAAUAUUCAAUAGAUUAAUGAAAUUAACAUUGUAUAUUAAUGAUAAAGGUAUGUAUGUAAGGCCGCACGCCGCGAGGGUUGCAGUAGCUAGCACUAAAAAAUUAGCGUACGGUGUUGCAUAGUCAGGUGUUUGGUUUGGUGUUGCCAAUUGAGGAAAAUCUACCCAAACAGUAAUCUUUUGCUUAGGGAUGUUUCAAAUGUUUAAUAUAGAAUUUAUUGACACUGAAAA